AUGCCUACAAUAGAUUCAAUUGAAAUUGCAUCAAAAGAACUUGAGACCAUCUUGACAAGUUAUAUGCAAAAGAAGAUAAAUGGUACUCUAGGUGAUUAUGAUGCUGACGAGUACGAGCAAAUCCAAAAUUGUCUUGACAGACUAAAAGAUCUUCAAGCCAAUUCAUACAUUUCUAUGCGAGACAGUAAACAAUCAACAUCAGAUGCUAAAGAUCAUAUGGAUAAAAAGCAAGUUGAAUUACAAGACGUCAUGUAUGAAAAGAGACAUAUUCUUGAAGAAAUCGUUCAAUGUCGUGAAUUUAGAUCUGUAUACCAGGAUGUUGAACUUAUACCAAUAGAAGAGUUUCAGUCAAAAGCAGGACCAGAAUAUCUUAUUGAUUCAGAUAAUCCUCACCAAUUGAUGAUCAAUCGAUUAAAAUAUGAACUUGUUGUGCGAGCAGAGCUAAAAGAACAAAAAGAGGUACUUGAACAAAGAAAGGUACAGCUGAUAAAAGAGAAUAUCAAGGUGCAAAGAAAAGUGGAUCAGUUUGAUAAACUACUGGAUGAUUUUGUUGAGUCUACUGGUCCUGUUGUCGAAGCUUUGACGGCAGAAGAAAAAGUAAACAUGGUUACGGAACAAGAACCGACUGUGGAAACUGUAGAUGCAAUGGAUACAACAGGAUAA